AAACAUGAAUUUCAAGUCAACUUUCUCUUGAACGUUUCAUUACUUAUGUUCUUGAACUAAAGACUGGCUGGAGGACGAGAACGGGCAUAAUAUUUAUUACAAUAAAGGCACAAGGUUACAAUCUACAAAAAUCCGUUGCGGAACUUGUGGAAAAUGGACUUUGUCUUCCGAGUUAAUGACAGCUGACUAUUUAUCAGCUGUUGUAUUUUUAAGUUGUAGAAAUUCAAUUUUAGUGGUGUGAAAGUUAUAAAAUAAACGCGAAAAUGUCUGAACAAAGUAGCCCUUUUAAAUACUUCUUGAGUGGCGGUUUCGGAGGUGUCUGCACGGUGUUAGCUGGACAUCCGAUGGACACCGUCAAAGUACGUCUACAAACGAUGCCUUUGCCCAAACCUGGCGAAAAACCAUUGUAUGGGGGCACCUGGGACUGCUUCUCUAAGACAGUGAAGCAGGAAGGGUUCCGUGGCCUCUACAAAGGUAUGUCAGCACCUUUAACUGGAGUAGCGCCAAUUUUCGCCAUCAGUUUCUUUGGCUUUGGACUUGGUAAGAAACUUAUUAAAGGCGAAAGCACAGAACCUCUUUCGAAAAUGGAACUGUUUGCUGCCGGUGCAUUCUCUGGGAUCUUCACAACAUCAAUCAUGGCCCCUGGAGAACGAAUCAAGUGUCUGCUUCAAAUUCAGCAAGGAGGCAAUGCACCCAAGAAGUACAGCGGCAUGGCCGACUGCGCCAAGCAGCUUUACGCUGAAGGAGGCAUCAGAAGCAUAUACAAGGGCAGUGUUGCAACUAUAUUGAGAGAUGUGCCUGCCAGCGGUGUCUACUUCAUGACUUAUGAGUUAGUGAAAGAGAAGCUAAUCCCAGAAGAUGCCAGUGCCCAGGUGAAGAUGUUGGCAGCCAUUACCGCAGGCGGGUGUGCUGGUAUUGGUAACUGGAUUGUUGCAAUGCCUGCUGAUGUUCUAAAGAGCCGUCUUCAGACCGCCCCAGAAGGGACGUAUCCUAAUGGAAUCAGAGAUGUUUUCAAACAGCUGAUGGAGAAGGAAGGUCCACUGGCUCUCUACAAAGGUGUGACCCCAGUGAUGCUCAGGGCUUUCCCAGCAAAUGCUGCCUGCUUCCUUGGUUUUGAAAUGGCCAUUAAAUUUCUGAACUGGGUUGCACCUAAUGUUUGAUAGUAGUCACUAAACAGUGUAGAUAAAAAUAAUGUGAAAUGUUCUUGAAAAUGUAUUUAGUUUUAAGUAUUUUAUCAAUCGCAUAAAGUAUUAUAAAGCCGAACGAAGAGUGAUCCGAAAUCAGAUGAUGAAAUUAUGUUGAUUUCAAUAACAGAACUAUGUAAGUCUAGCCUUGUAUACAGAGAAUUUUGGUUUAUUAUUUUAGGUAUAAGUCAAAGUUAUAGCACAGUUUGUAAAUGUUUAUUUUAUUAAAAGAAUAUUUUACCACA